AUGGUCACACACUCAAUACAGGACCGAACGCCAGAGUUCCGCGCCAUAUUAGCGCAGGCGCAGAAGCGACAGUCCGCCACGAAAGGAGGUCAACGGCAGAAUCUCCUCUCUGCGGCUGAGAAGCGAGAAGCUAAUGGGCACGUCGCUCCCGGCACGAAGCGGUCGGAAUUCGCACGCAAUGCCGUGGUGAUAGGCAGAGGAAUCACGACGACAAUGGGAAGACUGGAGCGGUUAGCCCAGCUUGCCAAACGAAAAGCCAUCUUCGACGACCGACCUGUUGAGAUCUCCGAGUUGACAUACGUGAUCAAACAAGAUCUGGCACAGCUCAACCAGCAGAUCUCGAAUCUUCAGACUUUGACCCAGUCGCAACAUCCGACCGCGUCACUGCCCAAGUCUGCGGAUCAAGAGGGCCAGCACAACAAGAAUGCUGUUCUGAUGCUGCAGAACAAGGUGACGGAUAUGGCAGCCAAUUUCAAGGACGUGUUGGAGACGAGGACUAAGAACAUACAAGCCUCGCGGUCUCGAACAGAUCAAUUUGUGUCGUCGGUGUCGGCGCGAUCACAGCCCCAGUUCGAUGCGUCAAGAUCAGAGUCACCACUCUACCAGAAUACAACACCCAACUCGAAGAGGACGCCAUAUACAACAACGAACGAUCUGCUCACGCUUGAGCCUUCCGGUCCGUCGGCCUUGAUGUCAGGUGGCGGACACUCUGAAUCGCAACUUCUGCUUAUGGAGGAGGCGCAAGUGCCAAACACCUAUAUCCAGGAACGUGGCCAGGCGAUAGAAACGAUUGAAAGGACAAUUAACGAACUGGGCAGUAUAUUCGGCCAGCUAGCGGGCAUGGUUCAAGAGCAAGGAGAGCAGUUGCAGAGGAUAGACGCCAAUACGGAAGACGUAGUUGACAAUGUUCAAGGAGCGCAACGGGAGCUUCUCAAAUACUGGAAUCGUGUUCAAGGUAACAGGUGGUUGGUCGCGAAGAUGUUUGGAGUGUUGAUGAUAUUCUUCCUCUUGUGGGUUCUCAUAUCAGGCUAG